AUGUAUCGACAAAUUUGUGUCUAUCCUGAUCAUCACAAAUUCCAACGAAUACUUCACUAUCAUAAUAACAUUAUUAGUACCUUUGAGCUUCAACGAGUGAUAUUUGGAGUACCUGCUGCACCGUUCUUGGCAACGCAUACGGUAAAUCAACUUGCUGAUGAUAAAGUCCAUAACUUCCCAAGAGCUUCUAAAAUCUUGAAACGAGAUUUUUAUGUCGACAAUCAUUUGACUGGAACUAAUUCUCUGGCUGAAAUUUUACAAUUACGCGAUGAAAUCAUCCAACUUGUAAGAAAAGGGGGUUUUGGACUGAGACAAUGGGCAUCUCAUCAUCAACGUACUCUCGAUAAUUUUGAUGAAAAAACUCUCGACUUAGACUGUGCAAUUAAUGAUGAUCCAAUUACAAAAACUCUUGGUGUUGUCUGGAAUUCACGUACUGACAGUUUUAUUUAUACUGUCAAUCCAAUUGAUCCUUCUCGAAAAAUAACCAAGCAUCCAAUUCUAUCGGACAUUGCAAAAAUUUUUGACCCCAUCGGCCUUCUGGGUCCUGUGGUUUUAGCCGCAAAAACCAUUAUCCAAGAAUAUUGGAAAAUCAAGAUUCAUUAG